CUCCACAGUGGAUCAAAGACAGAAAUGUAUUGCACAUGGCUCAAUUUUGACUACCAGGUCUAGAUAUCCAUAUUUUGUGAUCUGCUAUCUUGUCGAGGUAUUCACGCCGUCGUGGCUCGUGAUGUCGUCAAUGUCAGUAGACAUUGGUUUCACAUGUAAAAGGUCACAAGAACAAACCUGACGACGAGAUCCGACCAUCGCCCAUGGCUACCAAGGUCAUCGUAAUUGGCGACGUCAAUGGCCGCCUCUCAGAAGUCUUCGGCAAAGUCGCAGCCUUACACGCGAAGAACAAUUUCGGGUUCGCUAUCGUAGCUGGCAACCUGUUCAAGGACAUCGCAGGGUCGAAUGAUGCCGACCAGGCAGAGAUCCAGAAGCUCCUCGAUGGGCAGACGGAUGUGCCUUUGACGACUUACUUUGCCUUGGGCCACACAGCGCUGCCUACAUCAGUUGUUGAACGAUUGAUAGCAACCGGUGGCGGCAAAUCCACACCGGCUGGCGAUGAGUUGAUGGACGACUAUACCGCUUCAUAUCGUGAUAAAGACGUAGAAAGCGCCGCAGACUUCAAGAAUGCCGACAUACUUGUCACAAGCGACUGGCCCAAAGACAUCACGCAUGGUUCUGCUAUCGCAAAAGAUAAAGUAAAUGCUCCGCCAUCUGCCGUGGAGAGCAUUGGAAAUCUCUGCUCCAGCUUGAAACCUCGAUACCAUUUCUCCACUUCAGAGUCCUUCUUUGAGCGAGAGCCAUUCCAGCAUGAAGGUCCAGCGCCACGACACAUCACCCGCUUCCUAAGUCUUGCGCCAUUCGGAAAUGCAGACAAACAAAAAUGGAUAUACGCCUUUGCGCUCGAACCCAGUGUAGCGCCUCCGGACACUGCACCGAUGGGAACCACACCAUCGCCGUUGACCGCGAAGAAGCGCAAGCUCCCAGACCAACAAGAGAGUUUCGACCAUCAUCGGUUUUCCAAUGGCGCAUCUGCCUCCAAUGACAACUACCACCACAAUCGUCGGGGUGGUAAUAACAAACGUCGCAAGCUGCCGCCUCCUCUGCCGCAGCAAUGCUACUUCUGUCUCUCCAAUCCCAAUUGCGAGACGCACAUGAUCGCCUCCUUGGGCACCGAUGUCUACCUUGCCACAGCCAAAGGACCCUUGAGCACUGCGCAGACCUUUGCACCUCACCUGGACUUCCCCAGCAAUAUUCUGAUCAUUCCACUCAACCACGCACCGACCAUGGCUGCGAUUCCCGAGGCAGACAACGCUCGCGCAGCUAGUUUGCUUGAGAUGCAAAAGUAUCGCGAUGCGCUACAUCAGAUGGUCGCGGCGAAAUCAAGAGGUGAAGACCAAAACGGCAAGGCGAAACUAGGAGCCGUCACGUGGGAAAUCAGCCGCGCCGGUGGUGUACAUUUACACUGGCAAUUCCUUCCUGUGACAACCGAUUUCAUCGUGCGAGGGCUCGUGGAAGCUGGAUUCGAAGUCGAAGCGGAGAACCUCGACUAUCCCAAAUUCGUCAAAUCGGCGUCAGAGAAGGCACGCGCCAUGGAAGGAGAUUACUUUCAUGUCAUGAUCUGGACGGAGGAUAUGCAGAGGGGGAUAGUCCUACCUCUUGAUCAAAGCUUUCGCUUCGAUUUGCAAUUCGGGCGACGGGUCAUGGGCAAGCUGUUGGGGCUGGAGGAGAGGACAAACUGGAGGGAUUGUGCGCAGACGAAGGCGGAAGAGGAUGCGGAUGCGAACGCGUUCAAGGCAGCUUUCAAGCAAUUCGACUUCUCGCUGGAUGACUGAGAGGCAUGAGUUGAACUACAUGAGACUCUCAUUGUGUAAUAAAUGGAUAGGUGCCGUCGGGUCCUUCUUAUGUGACGAUCCGACUGCUUCGUUUGAGCCACAACUAUUUUGUCGUUCUGAUUGAUCAGGCCUUGUCCUCCCAUCGCACGUCAUUUCCGAGCAGCGGUUCCCUCUGUGUUCUGAAUGAACAUGUAAUCCUUGGCUAUGGUGGCGCGACUGAUGUUGUGAACGUGGGCAAGGUCCUCAGUAGGACAAUGAACGUGAUUCGGAAGCAGUGCCGCAUGAUUGAGUGAGUAGAGUCGAGGUCCAGUAUCCGAGAAGUCACCAUCUGCCCGCAGUCCACGGAGCUGUC